AACGACGCACGGAGGAGUCACUAUCACUAUCUAUUCGUUGUAAACUCCGCGUCGUUGGUGUGAUUCAAUUCUGAAUACCAUUUAUUCGCUUUCACUAGGCUAACAUAUAUCCCAGUGAACGUUUCUCAUGACAAGCAGCAUGAAGGUUUUAAGCAUAGACAGCAGACGUCUUAAGAAAAUAAUAAGGAAAGAAUGUGGAAACUGUCUCAUAGUGGAUUGCCGACCGUAUUUUUCUUUCUUGGACUCAAGCAUAAAAGGCUCCGUCAAUGCAAACUUGAACUCGGUUAUUCUCCGGAGAUCUCGAGGUGGUCCAGUGCCUCUAAAAUAUAUUACACCGGACGAGAAAUCCCAGUCUCGGCUUCGAGACGGUAGCAUCUCGACUGUUGUGGCUUUGGACAACAGUACGCUCCAUUGGCAAAAAGUAAAAAAGGACAGUAUUGCCCAGAUUGUUAUCAGUACAUUCGCACAUCUAGCAAGUGGACCUAAAAUCUGUUUUCUGAAAGGCGGAUAUGAAUACUUCCAUUCUCAGUACCCCGAGCUUUGCACUGAGCGAAAAACUAUCCCACAGGGCGAAACUGAGAUGCAGAAGCUGGUCUCAUACCACAAACCCGAUUACGAUCAGGGAAAACCCGUAGAGAUCCUGCCCUUCCUGUACCUCGGCAGUGCCUACCACGCUUCCAGGGAGGACUAUCUCAGUGACCUUCAGAUCACGGCCUUGCUCAACAUCUCCCGCAGAGACACGCAGCACUCCAGAGGCCACUUUCGGUACAAAUGGAUCCCCGUGGAGGACAGCCACCGCACUGACAUCAGCUCCCACUUCCAGGAGGCCGUCGAUUUUAUCGACUGUAUUGGAAAAUCUGGGGGGAAAGUGCUGGUUCACUGCGAAGCGGGCAUCUCCAGAUCUCCCACCAUAUGCAUGGCCUAUAUGAUGAAAACCAAAGGGCUUCAGCUGGAAGAGGCCUUCGAUUUCAUCAAGCAACGAAGGCCACUCAUCUCCCCAAACUUCAGCUUCAUGGGUCAGCUGCUUCAGCUCGAAUCUGAGCUCCUCCCGUCUGUAACUCUGACUACUACUGCCCCCUGCAGUCAGGAAAGAAUAUCGCCGUGCGCUGAAACCUUCCCUCUCAGCAGUACGUACGAGGCCGUGUUCAGCUUCCCCACCUCGUUUCUGACUCCCGUGUCAAUUCAGUCCCAGGUGCACCAGUUGAGUUUAUGCCCGAUAACAGCAGUGCCUUAAAUUCAAUGCUGAGGGUGUGCAAGAUGAGAGACCGAAAAUUCCAAUAAAAAUGUACAAGCAACAUUUGACAAAGGAAUGAUGGACAUUUUUAUCUUUCUUGUUUAAUGAUGAAAUUACUACAGACACCAUUUUUCUAUCUUUGUAGUAAACCAACCACGACAAAUAGAUUGAUAUAACUGCCUUACCUUGAAGUGAUCUUUGUUCACAGUGAGUAGUGCAUUAUAAAUGGGCUUAUUCAAUUUUUCAAGCCCUGAAAGUUAGUGGAAAUAAUAAUAAAGACUUUUACUAAAUGUGA